AUGGCAACAAAUGUGCCUAUUUAUUCUGCGGCAGCAGAUGAGAGUGUAGGGAACACAUUUUUUUUUUCUGUAAGUGAACUCAUAGCAGGCGCCGUCGCCGGAUUCGCUGAACACGUCAUUAUGUUUCCUUUCGAUACCAUUAAAACUCGCGUGCAGUCAGGCUCUAUAUGUGGGAUUAGUGAUGCUUUUUGCGGUGCAUGGAAAGGUGAGAGGAUAUGGCAUAUGUACCGCGGCUGCAUGCCGAUCCUUCUUUCAGCGUUACCAGCGCAUGCGAGUUAUUUUGGCGCCUACGAGGCUUUCAAACGCAUUACGGGGGAUUCGAAUGUGGGGGUUGCGAUGUCAGCGAGUAUAGCAACCAUCGCCCAUGACACUGUCUCGACGCCUUUUGAUGUGAUUAAACAGCGUAUGCAAAUGGACCGGACUCGGAAUUUUAAGUCGUCUUUUAGAUGUUGUAAGUAUAUUCUAAAGUGUGAAGGGUUGCGUGCGAUGUAUGUAUCCUUGCCAACAACUGUUCUAAUGAAUGUUCCUCACAGCGCAACCUAUUGGUUAGUGUACGAGGCCUUCUUUUCCAUUUUUAAUAACAGCUCCUGUAAAUCUGAGGAGGAUCAUAUUACAUUUGAUUAUUUAGCGGCCGGGUUUUUGGCGGGAGCCGGCGCUGCCGUAGUUUCCUUCCCCAUGGACACGAUCAAAACCCAUCUACAGCUUGGACAUGGCCAAGGCUUUUCCCCAGUUCUUAGGGAUCUCAUUUCAAAACGAGGAAUGCGCGGCAUUUUUGCUGGUGUUUUACCUAGAAUUCUGUAUACGGCACCUUCUGGUGCAUUAAUGAUGGUUGCAUAUCAAACUACGAAAGAUAUUCUUAUUCAGAAGUGA